ACAAUGGGAGAGGCUGUUGAGUUUUACCAUCUAAACGGUUUCUUGUCAUCAAAAUUUGAUCGUCAGGACGAAGUGCUCAUCAACAGUAACGUUAUCGGUAACAUUAACCAUGAAGAUAUAGAUGGUUCAGGCAGCUGGUACGAAGAGACCAUUGACGAUGAUCUGAAAUGGUCAUUUGCUCUUAAUGGUGUGCUGCACAAGGGGGUGAGCGAGUUUCAGGAGAUAGCUUUGUUGGAUACCAAGCGUUUUGGCAAGGUACUGGUGAUUGAUGGGAAGAUGCAGAGUGCAGAAGUGGACGAGUUUAUAUAUCAUGAAUGCUUAAUACAUCCUGCCCUUUUAUCUCACCCAAAGCCUAACAAUGUGUUCAUUAUGGGAGGUGGGGAAGGUUCAGCAGCAAGAGAAGCCCUUAAGCACAAAUUACUUGAAAAAGUGGUUAUGUGUGAUAUAGAUCAGGAGGUGGUUGAUUUCUGUCGCAGGCAUUUGACAGUGAACAAGGAGGCCUUUGCUCACAAUAAGCUUAACCUUGUUAUCAAUGAUGCCAAGGCUGAAUUGGAUAAGAGCUGCGAAAAAUUCGAUAUCAUAGUGGGAGAUUUAGCAGACCCAGUUGAAGGAGGGCCUUGCUAUCAGCUUUACACAAAAUCCUUCUAUGAGAAAGUUCUCAAACCCAAGCUUAAUCAUGGUGGCAUUUUUGUGACCCAGGCUGGACCAGCAGGCAUUUUCACCCACAAAGAGGUCUUCACCUCUAUAUUCAACACCAUCAAACAGGUCUUCAAGUACGUUGUUGUUUAUGCAGCUCAUGUACCUUCUUUUGCCGAUACAUGGGGAUGGGUCAUGGCCUCGGAUGAACCUUUCUCUAUGAAUGCUGAGAAAAUGGACAAAAGGAUCGAGGAAAGAAUUGACGGGGAGUUGAACUACUUGAAUGGUGCUCUGUUCAUGUCCUCUGCAACCAUGAACAAAACUGUUUCUUCAUCGUUACUGAACGAAACUCAUGUCUAUACUGAGGAAGAUGCAAGGUUUAUUCAUGGACAUGGGGUCGCUUACCGCAACUAGUUGCGAUCUCAAGAGUCUACACAGGUUGGGGGAAUUUCUGUACAGCAAACAGAAUUGCAGAAUGCAUGGAAACUACUUAAACAGUCAUUAAUUUUGUCUACCAAA